UGUGAGGCAUUGGAAAAACCUCCCUGGUCUUUGUGGUUGAAUCUGUGCUUGAAAUUGAGGGACCUAACAGAUAAUUGUACGUGUUGGGUACUGAGAUGGUGUAGUCAAUCAAACAGCAUGUCAACCACUAUUAUUGUACACAGAAUGUGACUUGUUAAGCACAUUUUUACUCCUGAACUUAUUUAGGCUUGACAUAACACAGGGAUCGAGUACUCAUUGACUCAAGCCAUUUCAGCUUUCAAUUUUUUGUGUAUAAUAUGAAAUCCCACAAACAAAAUUCCACGUUGACAUUAUAGGGUAUUGUGUGUAGAUCGCUGACACAGCCGAUCAAUUGAAUCCAUGUUAAAUUCAGGCUGUUACGUAACAACAUGUGGAAUAAGUCAAGGGGCAGUGAAUACUGUCUGAAGGCAACAUAUACAGCACAGGCCAACAUAUUGUAUGUGUACUGUAGGCUACAAUACGCUUGGUUUUUGUAACGAGCUCUUUACCUGCUCUUACAUAUGAUUGGCAUUGGAUUGGUUAGGUUUAGGCUUUCUCCUGACUCCUAGAUUCAAUCUUUAUAAAUAUUACCGUUUUAAAUAAUAACUUUGUGUCAUAGACUACAAUUAGAGCCUAUACUGUCUGAUUACCACUAUGCCAAUGUGAAAUUGUAGAUUUGUUGGUUUGAUUCAAAUAAGAGAGAGAGAGAGAGAGAGAGAGAGCGGGAGAGAGAGCGAGCGAGCGAGACAGAGCUAGACGAGGCCGCGUUUAACGGAAAUCGGUGCCAUUGAGAAACAGUGCGUACGUUACUUUCCGCUAUCACGCUAGGGUAUUAACGAUUCCAUACAUUCGAUCGUCGGUCAUAUCAACUCUAUUCGGUCGUGAGGUUUAUGGAGCAUUACGGACGUUCAGGUCUAGAUUCUUUAAAUGCUCUGGAUAAUAUCUAUCCGUGUGUAAUAUUGGAGCCCUCCGCAUUCCAGGCUAGGGAGAGGAAGGAUGCUGUAGCCUACCAAGCUAUGCGCUACUGAAGUGUUUUACAUUGGCCAAUAGCCCAGCCUCAUCAGUGCGACUGCAUUUUGACUGGACUCGACGAUACAAAAUAUAAUUUAAUAUGACUUCCAUUUGCUAUGUGUUAUAUCUGUACGUUUCUAUUUGUCAUCCAACUGGACUAGCCUGUAGAAUAGGCUACAGUCAUCGCCAUAGGAACCCGAGGGAGAUAUCAUUAUAAUAAGCUACUUUAGUGCAACAGCGGGAAAGACGGUCGAGUCCUAUUAGGUGAGAUUGAGCGUAUGUGUGACGCUAAAGUGGCGUGUGUUUCCUCAUGUGGAGUGUUUUUCGUCGAGGAGGAUACGCUCGCGUUGUCGGAUAAUUCCCACGUCAAGGAUCGGUUGACUCCCUUCUUUAUUCCAUCUCGCUCUUACACACACGGUGCGCGUGGCCUCGCCCGGGAGCAACCGGGUCGCCUAUUACACGGGCUUAUUUUUACUGCAUCGGCAAGAAGGAGAGGGAGAGAGAACCGAGGAUAAAACAACGGGAGGGAAGGACUGGGGGACCGGAGGAGAGAAGAGGAGAGGCGGGAUGAAGGAGGAGACGCAGUGAACGACAGAGGAGGAGGAGGGAGACUCGAGCGUUCGAGGCUCUCCUGACGUGCCUGGUGGUAUCGCGUCCUGACUCUCCCCCCAGUCAUGGCUCUGUCACUGUGGUUCCUGUUUGUGUCUGUCACCACCCUAACUCACGUUGCCCCCUCUGGCCAAGCUAUGUCCAGGGCUGCGAUUCCCUUCGGCAUCCUGAGGAGGGAGCUAGCGUGUGAGGGCUACCCUAUCGAGCUGCGCUGUCCAGGAAGUGACGUCAUAAUGAUUGAGACAGCAAACUACGGACGCACGGAUGAUAAGAUCUGUGACGCGGACCAAUUUCAGAUGGAGAACACACAGUGUUACCUCCCAGACGCACUCAAGAUCAUGGCCCAGAGGUGUAACAACAGGACCCAGUGUGUAGUGAUAGCAGGAGUAGAUGUGUUUCCAGACCCCUGUCCUGGUACAUACAAAUACCUGGAGAUACAGUAUGAAUGUGUUCCUUACAUAGAAGUGGACCAAAAAGUCUUUGUGUGUCCUGGUUCUCUCCUGAGCGUUCAACCGGCUACUUCCUUAUUGGAGGCGGAGCAUCAAUCUGGGGCGUGGUGUAAGGACCCGUUGCAGGCUGCUGAUAGGCUGUAUGUCAUGCCCUGGACACCCUAUAGGACGGAAGUUCUGUAUGAGUAUGCUUCAUGGGACGACUACAGGCAGAACAGAGUCACCACCACUUACAAGCUGCCGAACCGCGUCGACGGUACAGGCUUCGUGGUCUAUGAUGGAGCCGUGUUCUACAACAAGGAACGCACGCGCAACCUGGUCAAGUACGACCUCCGCACGCGCAUUAAGAGCGGCGAGGCGGUGGUGUUGAACGCUAACUACCACGACACUUCUCCGUAUCGGUGGGGCGGGAAGAGCGAUAUCGACCUCGCUGUGGAUGAGAACGGACUGUGGGUCAUCUACUCAACUGAAGCCAACAAUGGACGUAUAGUUGUCAGUCAGGUAAACCCUUACACCCUGCGUUUCGAGGGCACGUGGGCGACCAGCUUCGACAAGCGCGGGGCGAGCAACGCCUUCAUGGCGUGCGGCGUGCUGUACGCGGUGCGCUCCGUCUUCCAAGACGACGAGGGACAGACAGACAGAGGAGGAGGAGGUGGAGGGGAUAUGGUGUUAUAUGCGUUUGACACCAGUAGAGGGCGAGAGGUGCCGGUCCAGAUCCCCUUCCCUAACCCCUACCAGUAUAUAUCAUCUAUAGACUACAACCCACGGGACAACCAGCUGUAUGUGUGGAAUAACUACUACGUGCUGAGAUACCCUCUGCAGUUCAGACCGCCCCAGCCUACCAAAGGUGUGUGUGCCCGGGGGAAGGGCAGGGUGUGUGUGGGGGGCAGUUUGCUAACCAUAAUGAUAAUAUAUUUGACCCCUCCCUCCCCAUGCCUCUCUCCUCCAGGUCCUCUCUCAUCUCUAAUGACUACAGUGGGGUCCUACACAGCCACCGUAGCACUGACCCCAGUACGACCUUCAGCCUCCAAUCCCAUCGGGGUCAUCAACCGGAGUCCGGACUUGCGGCCAAUCACGGCCAUGGUCCCGCUGACCCCCCACCCCCCCCACCGUGCCCCCAUCGCCCCGGGGGGGUCCUACGGGGGGCAGGUUGGGGUGUGUGAGGGGAGGGUGACCAGAGGGGUACAGUGGCCCCCUACACCUAAAGGAGAGAUGGUGGAGAGACCAUGUCCCAAAGGAUCACUGGGUAUAGCAUCGUACCAGUGUGUGUUGUCCCCGGUAACCUGGAACACCAGAGGGCCUGACCUCAGUAACUGUACCUCCCCCUGGGUCAGUCAGAUAGCACAGAAGAUAAAGAGUGGGGAGAAUGCAGCUAACAUCGCUGGUGAGUUAGUAAACCUGACGAGGGGGCGGGUCUACGCCGGUGAUGUCAGCAUGUCAGUCAAACUUCUAGAGCAGCUGUUGGACAUCCUGGAUUCUCAGCUUCAGGCCCUACGACCAGCCAACAAGGAGUCUGCUGCACGCAACUACAACAAGUUGCAGAAGAGGGAACGCACCUGUAGAGCUUAUGUCCAGGCGGUGGUUCAGGUAGUUGAUAACCUGUUGGGCCCUGAAGCUCUAGUCUCCUGGGCUGAUAUGAGGACCACUGACCAAUCACGCUCUGCCUCGCUGCUAUUGGACGCCAUGGAGAAAGGAGCCUUUCUAUUGGCUAACAACAUCUACGAGGGGCGAUUCAGCGACAGAGCGCCCAAUGUCGAUCUAGAGGUGUAUGUAUUGAACACAGAGGCAGAUCUACAGGACCUGACGUUCCCUCACUCCUAUGACAGUGACAGUGUUCUACAGCUCUCAACUGCUACUCUACAGCAGUACAGCAGCAAUGGUCAGGUGAAGAUAGUUCUAUCUCUGUAUAAGAACCUUGGAUCCUUCCUGACCACUAACAACUCCUCGUUGAGGUUGGAGGCGGGGUUUGUGAUUGGCGGUGGCAGGAGGUUGGCGGUGAAUUCUCACGUGAUCUCGGCUUCUGUCAACAAAGGUUCCAACCGAGUAUUCCUCUCUGAACCGGUCGUCUUCACUCUGCGACACCUACAGGUGGAGAACCACUUCAGCCCCAACUGUUCGUUCUGGAACUCCACGGGGUCGGGGGGGUCAGCAUCGGGGUCGUCGGGGGGUCGUUGGUCAUCCCAGGGGUGUAAACGGAUACACACCAACAACACACACACCACCUGCGCCUGUAACCAUCUGUCAACCUACGCUGUCCUGAUGACCUACCACCAACCUGCUUCUGUACAUGGUAUACAGGAGGUUCUGGUCUACGUAGUGUCCUGGGUAGGUAUAUCCGUAGCCCUGGUGUGCCUUGCAGCCUGCAGUACCUUACUGUGCUGCCAGGGGGCGCCACAGUCGGACCACAGCACCAUACACAGGAAUCUGUGGGGCAACCUCUUCAUCACCGAACUCAUCUUCCUCAUUGGGGUGGAUAAGACACAGUACAGCGUAGCGUGUCCAGUCUUUGCCGGUCUGCUCCAUUUCUCCCUGCUCUCUGUGUUCUGUUGGUUAUGCCUGGAGGCAGUGGAACUCUACUUACUGCAGGGGGAGCUCUUUGAAGGACGGACCUCUAGGAGGAAGUACUUCUAUCUCUGCGGCUACUUCCUGCCAGGGGUGGUCGUGGCCGUCUCCGCCGCCAUCGACUACAGGGGCUACGGCACCCGGACCGUGUGUUGGCUGCAGAUGGACAACUACUUCAUCUGGAGUUUCCUGGGUCCUGUAUCUGUCAUUAUAAUGCUGAACCUGGUUGUCUUGGUGAUGACUCUUCACAAGAUGGUGCACAGCUCCUCCGCCCUCAAACCCGACUCCAGUCGUCACGACAACCUCAGAGCGUGGACUGUGGGUUCGCUCACCCUCCUCUUCCUCCUGGUGGUGACCUGGUCUCUGGGGCUCGUCUUCCUCUCAUCUCCCUCUCUCCUCCUCUCCUACCUCUUCUCCUCCCUUAACACGGCCCAGGCUCUGCUCAUCACAAUACUGUUCUGUACACUCACUAGGAAGGUAGGUGGGGUCUCAAUACUGCCUCUACACUCACUAGGAAGGUAGGUGGGUUCUCAAUACUGUUCUGUACACUCACUAGGAAGGUAGGUGGGUUCUCAAUACUGUAUGUACACACACUAGGAAGGUAGGUGGGUUCUCAAUACUGUUCUGUACACUCACUAGGAAGGUAGGCGGGGUCU